AUGUUGUCGACUAAUAUUAUGGCAUUUAUUUCAAACGACAACGAUCCAAUAUUAUUAUUCUCAACAAUAUCGUUUUUCAUAAAUGAUACCACUGAUGAUAGUUACGACACUAACACUACUAUGAUAGUACCAACAACAACAUGGCCAGUAUCGAUGACAACAGUUAUUCCAACUCAAACCACUCCACCUUUACAAUUUCUGUUGUAUUUCGAAUCGGUGCUCGCCUUUUUUACCUAUGGUGGCGGAUUUCUUGUUCAUGCACCAUUACGUUUGAUUCUUGUUUGCCUGAUCCCUGUGAUUACUAUGGCAGCGGCGAAUAUUCGAUUGUUGAGUAAUAUUCGUCGGUCUCGACGGCGGGUGGGGGCUGAAAUGGAAGGUACACUCACAGUAUAUGAGCAACAACAGAAGCAGCAAGGAGAACGACUGAAAACAACGAUAUCACCGCCAACACCAAAUGCAACCAGAAUUGGAAAUAUUUUGAAAUUACGUCGAUUGAACGCCGUAGAACGUAUGUUGGUAUUGAUGAUGAUCACCAAUGUAACAAUGUAUAUCAUUACACAAGUCCCCUAUCAUAUCUACACCGUCAGUCGAGGCUAUUAUCAAGGACUCGAUUCAUAUACGAAUUCACUUGUUCGAGCUCUGCUCUUGAUAUGGUCAUCGGUGUAUUUCGGAAUCGGCUUUUAUCUAUUUUGUUUCGCCUCACCGCUAUUUCGACAAAAAUUUCUUAAAAUUGGACGGACAUUAAAACUGUACUUCUGGCGAUAA